AUGGUGCCAUCACCCCUCGGUGCGUCAGUGCCCCCUGUAAAAUCCGCUUGGAAUGGACCUCCCCGACUUUCACCUUCACCUUCACCUUCAUCUUCCACGGCAUGCUCAAGAUCCUCUCCGACCCCUAGGCUCGUUGGAACUACUAGAGCCUCACCUGCAGCCAACGCACCAGUGCCAGGCACGAGGAGAGUCACCUCGGUCUACCUCGUCGUUCCCAUCAUCGCUUCGGCACUGGCUCCUAUAGACGUCAAGGCCGGGAUGGUGUUAGUGAAGGACAAUAAGGCCCAAGUGUCUACCAAAAUAACUGGGACCUUGCUGACCCCCACUGACUCCACUGCGACCUCAAUCUCCACUCCUGCCAAUAUGAAGGUCGGGAUGGUACUAGUGAAGGAUAAUGAAGCCCCAACAUCGGUGAGAACAACCAAAGCUUUAUUGACCUCAACUAGCACCACCAUGGCCUUACCCUCAGAUACAUCAACCAAAACCCCGAUGGCCCAAGGCACUACCCUCGCUAUUUCCCUCCUGGCAUGA